CUGCCUGUCACACGGAGAUGCGCACUGAGUCCCCACUGCCUGCAGGAGCCGCUUUAUAAAGAGCUAAAUUUACCAAACUUUACGUUGUUUCCUGAACCUCUCACAAUUGGCCAGGCGAACUCGGCUUCCAGAGUUAUAAAGUUCCGUGGGACCUCCUACCACUUCAACUUGUUCAUGUCUCUGAAGCGCAGCUGUGGAGUGGCCAUAGUGAAGUAGGCGCACAUAUUCUGGCGCGGCUGCCGCUCAGUUUUUUAUUUUUAUUUUUUUUGACAAGAGAUAGUUUUUAUUAUUUCACCACAAACGAUGGCCUUAUCCGGAGUGAUGCUGCCGUCCUUUUCGACAUUCUCAAACCAUAGAGAAAAAACCUGGGAAAAUAGGUGGAAAACAGAGAUGGACAAGCCAGUGUCCGCCAGCUGCUCCAUGUUCGAGAUGGGACACAGUCUGGAAAACCACAGCAAAAAAGACGACGAGGAUCUGAGCAACUACUUGGAUCUGGAUUUUAUUCUCGCCAACACAACUGGCUCAGACAACGCGGCGGAAUACGCGGGCACAGCAGACCCCGGUCACAUGUACGCGACAGGGAACUCGGUGCCAUCCUACCCCGCAGCAGCCGCGGACGACCACCGCUCCCCUCCGCCCCCCUAUGGAGCCAGCCUCAUGACGGAGCUGCUCCGCUCAGAUGGAACCGGCAGCGGCUAUGGCAUUACGCGCGCUCCCACCGGCGUUCAGGGGAGGUUUUACGUCAACACGGCACAUUACCAGAGACUGGACAGCAUCAAAGUGGAGCCCCCUAUGGAUAGUUACGGCCCCGUUUUGGGCAUGGUGCCCCAGAGCUGCAGCAAAAUCAAGCAGGAGGGGAACAUUUCGUGCAUGAUGUCCUUCGAGCAGCCGCGCGUCGCCAUCUCCCCGCGGGCAGCCAGCAGCAUGACCCCGCCUCUCAGCCCCGACGACCAGGCAGGGGCCACAGACUGCCAGGCUCUGUGCCAGCCCAUGAGCUUCCCGCAGAAGUAUCACAACGCGGCGGCGGCGGCGUUUACGCAUCACCCUCAGGCUCCGCACAUGCAUUUGCCCUACCAAGGCCCCCCCCACGGCGCCUUCGGCAUGUACGAUGAAGGUCUCUCCAUGCAGCCUGGUGCGCAGAGGGUGAUGCUGACGCCGCCGUCCUCCCCCCUGGAGCUCCUGGACUCCAAACCCAAGAGAGGGCGGCGCACAUGGCCCAGGAAGCGCACGGCGACGCACACAUGUACCUUCGCCGGCUGCGGCAAAACUUAUACAAAAAGUUCCCACCUAAAGGCUCAUUUAAGAACUCACACCGGUGAGAAGCCGUACCACUGCAGCUGGGAGGGCUGUGGGUGGAAAUUCGCCCGCUCCGAUGAGCUGACCCGUCAUUUCCGCAAACACACCGGACACAGGCCGUUCCAGUGUCACCUGUGCGAACGCGCCUUCUCCAGGUCUGACCACCUCGCCCUUCACAUGAAGAGACACAUGUGAAGGAGCUGAGAAAACAGGACUUAUGAGGAUAAAUCCUGGGGGGUUUUGUUGUGAUUCCGCUGAUGCAUUUUUAUUUAAAUUGUUCUCCAAGACCAAAGCCUUUUAUAUCUAUAUAUUGAAUUAAACUAUUUGUGUUUUUAUUGUCUAAUAAUGUAGCUGGUACUACUUUGGUUCUAUGAAAGCUUUAGAAAAGCUGUUGUUUGCUUUAGAGCAGGCAGACCAACAAGGGGCUGGCCCUGUACACAUACUACUCCUCUCUGACACAACUGGAAUGCUGUGGUUGACACAAAGUGCCUUUCUGAUACUGUGCUACUGUAAAACUUCUCCUUGUGACACAUGGCCGCCAAUAGAGUACAUGUUCUUGUUGACAGGAAUAAAACUGCACAUAAAGCCGCUCCACAUGUGCAAAGACAAUGUUUCACUUGAACUGCCUGAUUAUCUGAAUGACCCCAACUCUUAUUUUAUUCCAUUCUUCAUCUGUUAUGUGGUUUUUGGUUGUUUUUUGUUUUUUUUUUGGUGUCUCCUCUUUGUGAAACUCCUGGAUCCAGCCCCUCUGUACACUAUCAGGGCUUGAUGUCCUGUGCAUUAUUUUUUACUUAAAUUUAUAUAAAUAUGUACAUGGAUUUUAUACUGUAAAAUGUGUAUUUAUUGUAAAUAUUAAAACCAUGGAAUUUGAUUUGA